AAUAUUCGUCGCUUGCAUUCAAUAUCACGACUAUCACUAUUUACCCUACAGUAACCUCCGCUGCAUUUCCGUCAGUCUUGGUACAAAGAGAACCCGUAUGAGAGCGCACACCAUCCCCACAUGCUCCCUAUUCGCCCAGUCACAUUGCCCCCCCUUACUCUAGUCGCCAUUACAUAACCAGCAGAAGGCAAAUCCAGCCCUGCCGCGGAGCCUCAUGGGACAUGCCUUAUGGAACUUGUAGUCCCCGAGUUCCCCCUAAGCGCCGCAGUUGGUUGAGUCCGGCACUCUGACUCCCGCCCUGCACCGCGGUUGAAUGGCUGCGGCCCCGGGUACGUCAGGCAGCGCUUGCGCCUUUCAGUCCCCCGAGCAGCAAGUAAACAGAGACGUCAGCGAGAAGUUUUGUGGUGUCCAAAACAAAAGGAAAAGUGUCAUUUAGCGAACCCCGUCGGUAUCGGAAUUCAUAUAGACAAGGAAGGCCGUCCCUGGAUUGCUUAUGUUAGGCCCGGAGACCUAAACUCGAAUUAGCAACAGGUAUCAGGUCUUCUUCAUAGACAGUAACGGGUGUUGGUGCAAAUCUAGCACAGAAGCACCUCCGCCGGCGCAAAUCUUUAGCGGAGACUGGAGUGGGGAUAGGAAGCGGCCAGCGGGGAACCUGGGAACCCGGGGCAAGUAGCCCCUCUGCCCCUGUAACAAGUGCCCGGGCUCAUUUAUAUACAGGAGACUGGGGGGAUCUGCGAGUGAAUGGCACCCCCCUGUGAUGGGCAGUGCGGGGUGAACUGGCAGUGACUUCUUGCAAUUACCUGCGAUCGCUUCCAUUUCCGAGACCGAAGAAAGAGACCGGGGGGGGGGAGAUCUGCCGCCAAGUCUGCCCGCUGUGUUUGCAUUCGUCUCCGCCAUGGAAGGACCUGACCCUGUCUCUGUGGAAAUUGAUCCAGAUUUCCAGCCUCAAACUCGGCAGAGGUCUUGCACAUGGCCCCUGCCCAGACCCGAACUGUCUGUGGUCCCCCCGGCAGCCUCCAGCGAGGAGAGUAGAACCGACACCCCCGAUGGCCCCUCCUUGCUGCCCGCAGAGGGGGAGGACAGGUCCCUAGGUGAUGGGCCAGUUGGAGGUGGUGGGGUCACUCCCAGGAAAGGGGGAUCUAGGAGAAAUGCUUGGGGCAACCAAUCUUAUGCAGAACUUAUCAGCCAGGCAAUAGAGAGCUCCCCUGAAAAGCGUCUCACUUUGUCUCAGAUUUAUGACUGGAUGGUCAAAUCGAUCCCCUACUUCAAAGACAAGGGCGACAGUAACAGCUCUGCUGGCUGGAAGAAUUCUAUCCGUCACAAUCUGUCACUGCACAGCAAGUUUAUUAAAGUUCACAAUGAAGCCACUGGGAAAAGUUCGUGGUGGAUGUUAAACCCAGAGGGUGGAAAGAGUGGAAAAGCCCCCCGCCGAAGAGCAGCCUCCAUGGACAACAGUAGCAAAUUAGCCAAAGUGAGGAACAAGGUAUCCAAGAAGAAAGCAGCAGGUCCAGGGGAGCCUUCUGCAGGCAGCCCUGGCUCACAGCCGCCAAAGUGGCCUGGAAGUCCAUCUUCACGGAGUGCUGAGGAAUCUGAUGUAUGGACUAGCUUCCGACCCCGUACAGGAUCCAAUGCCAGUAACCUCAGUGUUCGCCUGUCCCCUAUUUUGCCUGAGCAGGAAGAUCUGGCAGAUGAAGAGCUCCAUUCUAUUUCAUUUUCAAACAGUGUUCCCCCAACUGUUACCGAGGAGUUGGAGCUGAUUGAUGGUCUUACUAUGCUGUCAUCUGGCCCACCACUACCUGCACCCCAACCUCUUUUGCAAGGAGCCUCCAGUUUUUCCUUGCAUUCUUCCCAGGCUAUCAACUUUGGUAACUCUCUCUUCAGCCCCUUGGAUGUCUCCCCUGUGCAGGGGUCUUCUACACAAUUUCAGAGGCCUCAAACUCUUGAAGCCUUGCUGACCUCAGACUCUCCUCCUCCAAGCAAUGUCUUAAUGACCCAAGUGGACCCAGUAUUACCACAAAGUGGAGGGCAAAGUCUCCUACAUAUGGGUGCACAGAACAAAGGAAGGACACCAGAUAAGCCUGCUGUUUCACUGAAUACUGUUGUGACUUCCAACAAACUUACUAUGCUCGGACUCCCCAGUGUCCCAUCUGUAUCAACUUCUAAGUCAGGCCCACUUGGCGGAACCUCAGACCGGCUUCCAAUAGACUUGGACAUUGACAUGAUCCUAGAAAACCUUGAGUGUGACAUGGAAUACAUCAUCAACAAUGAGCUGAUGGAUGAAGGCGGCCUUGAUUUCAACUUCGAGCCUUCACUUCCUGGCACCAACCAGAGUAACAACCACAGCUGGGUGCCCAGUUAGGUUUCUUGGGAAAACCUUGAGAUUUGAUUCUGGCCUCCUCUGAAUGUGAUGACAUCUUCAACACAGAACCAUACACUGCAUCAGGCUCUGCAUAGUCUCCAAGCACAGCACAGUGUUCCUUCAUCUGACUCACUAAAUCAUGUUUUGCUUCCCAUUUUAAAAGGCUUACAUUUCUUCAUGGGAUGCAGCUUCAGAGUACAACAGAAUGAAAAGGCUUAGCAUUGUAAUGGCAGUAGAAUAGGAGUGGUUCUUUACUCUGAAUAAACACCUUCUGGAAACACACCAUAUCCCAUCCAAAGGGCAGGAUCUGGCGUUUGGAACCUUAUUACACAAGAAAACCGCAGUUAAAUACAGAAGUAUGUAGCAAUGGAUCUUAUUCCAGAUUGGAACAUUGUGUUCUGAACUAUUAGGAGUGCUUAGGCAGAUCAUAAUAUCCCCAUGGAAUAACAGAACUGCUGCACUCCAUAUGGAGGUUUCACCAGCAUCUAACAGAAGAUGAAUCUCUUGGCCUGUACCAGGUCCCAGCACUUGACCUUCUGUUUUUCUUCUUAACAUAACACUUUGCAAGUUUUGAAGUUUUGUAAUGAGCUAUGUACAUAAAGGUGCGGGCACCAACCCACACCUCACCAAGCCUGAGAACAUACUAUUAUUACUUGAGAUACAUUUUAGAACAUAGAACUUAUUUUGAUAGUUCUCAGGAGAGGGUACUUUCUAAUAUUCUAAAACACUAAAGAUAUGACUUUGCAAGUGAGGGUGAGGAAGUGCCCAGCCUACUUCAUUAGGGACAGGGUUAUUCUGAGACAUUCUCUGUGCUCUUAAAUGGGCAGCUUGCCCUAAACCUUUAAAAUAUCUACAGGAUAUGGUGCGCACACCUAUAAAUUGGGUUGUUGUGCUUAAAGGACCAGUAACACCAAAAUAAUGAAUGUCUUAUAUUAUGAUGGAUUUUUAAGUCCAAUAAAUAGGAAUAUGUUGAGAGCCAUAAAUGUUCAUGACCUGUUGAUUUGUUGCAUAAACUAUCCAUUGUGAAACUUUACAGAAUAUGCAUUCAUUACUUGGCCAAAGAGCCGUACAACGUCAAAAUAAAGGUAUUUUAAAUAAAAUAUCAUACAUGGAAAUUAUGAGAUCCUUAGUAAACAUUUUGUAUAAAAACUAGAGGGCGUUUUAUUUUUUGUUGUUACUGGCCGUUUAAGGGGUUUUUAAAUUGUUUGGGUUUCUGAAUUUUAUGUAGUCAGAAAAUAGUAUUUUUAAAGGCAACUUCCCCCCCUUUAUUAGUAGCUUUUAUCUGUAGGUUAUUGUAAGAGAGGAGUCUUUUAUGCAGCAGCCCCAUUCGUAAAAUGUGGGUUUUUGCUUGUGAGAUUUUCAACAUGUCCAUUAUAACAAAAGUUAAGAUGGUGCUGAUUUUCAAGUGAAAUAUGUACCCUAUAUAGGUACACCGAAUUUGUCUUCCAUUUAUUUUACUAGUACAAUAGUAAAGUAUGAGAAGCAAGCUUAUUUUAUGAACUUAUACUAUUACUUAUAUUACAUUUUUUGGAUACUUCUCUGUAGCUAUACAAAGAAGGCACCACUCCAUUUGUGCUCACGUCAACAAUGUUCUAUAGCCGUCUAUGGAAACCGCUCCCUCUCAUAUAUGGAAGUGCAGAUAUGCAGAGGGAAUGUUUUCUGUACUGUGAGUUAUGCUCUCAUACUUCACCGUCUGUUAAAGGGGAAAUAAAAGAUGUUUGCCAACAAGCAAUGCCUGAAUAAGCAUUCAACACAUCUUCCAUUUAACAAAAUUCAUUGUGGCUAGCAGUUCUCUGUCAUAUAAACAGGUUCAUAUUCUAAGACAAUAGUGGCUUAUUAGUGUAGUGCUUAGGUUCAUUAAUGUAUAUACUAUAUACAUUUUCAUUUUAUGCUGCUGUAUGAAAGACCCAUAACCAGACUGGUAAAAGUAUAUCUAGUAUUUUAUUUCCUGAUAUUUCUUGUAAUGGAAGGUUUCAGUAUCACUAAGAUGACGGCUGUUUGUAUUUCCUUGGCAAUUUUCAUUAUUACUUAUUCAUUUUGCCCUUGUUUUUGCAGAGUAUGGUGCAUAACACUUGCAACAGCCAGGGCUGCGUCCCUUCACAACCUGCUGUCUGCACUGACUGAUGUCGGGCAGCAGGUGGUGUACAGAGGAGAGGCAGCACCUAUAGCCCAGCAUUGAUUGGAGGAGAGAGACUGCUAGGGCAAGAGUUAAGUAUACUUUUCUGCAUAAUCAGGGCCAAAUGAAAAUAUGUCUGUAUUUACAAAUCUGUAACAAGGCAUUAAAUAUCUGGAAUUAUUGAAACUGGUGACUACAAAUGCCAGCUAUACAGACGCAGAUGUGGUUGAGUAGUUUGGGUGAUUUUGACCAUCGUACUGACCACCUGGGCCUGUAUAGCAAGUCAAGGGGACGUUUUGAAAGAUAAUCCUGCAAUUCAGGUGAAUGAAGGUUUAUCUGCCCUGGCUACAAAUUUUUGUCAGUCAUUAGACUGAUUGUUUGGAUAGUCUGCCUAAAUAAACAGAGCAAUGGAAAAGUGGCUGUACAAAUACCAUAUAUGUUACAUUUGGCCCGCGAGUUGAUCAUAUGGGGAGGCUCGUAUAUGGCCACUUUUACAUUUAAUUUUCCCUAUUGUCACUAUUUUAUGAUCACGUUAUAUUCCUACAAAGAUAAUAUUCCUGUAGUGUGAGUACCAUUGAUAAUAAAAUGGAAAUCUUUCUUGCCUGAAAGGGGAUUCUGAAGCAUUACACAUUAUUACACAUGCAUAUAUAAAAUUUUCACCACAUUUUGGAAACUCUAUUAGCUAGUGCCACUCCAACUGUGGCACAAAGUGCUUGUGCUGACUAGAGACUAGAGUACCAGUCUGCUCUCUAACAUGAGCUACAGUUGUAUUGGAGUACCUCAGUGCAAGCUGAUCAGCAAGAGUCAACUCACUUGUAACUGAUUCCAAAUUUAUAUAUAGUAAGCAAGGUUUCCAAAAGCUGGGAAGCCAUAACCCUCAUCCCAGUACUGUACACAAAGGUGCAUGUAUUUAGGAAAUAUUAAUAAGAAGAUAGGUCUGGUUUUUUUUUUUUUUUAACUUGAAGACAUGAAGAAUUCAAAUAACAUAUUCUCCCAGGGCAGAAUAUUGUAUAUCUAAUCCCUUUCCAUAAAUACAGACUUCCAGCUAUAUAGCUUUGCUAGAACACAGCUUCGUUAUAAGCUUUCUCAUUGUUACGUUUUGCAUUUAUAUAGAGUUCCUCUUAGUAACAUGUGGUAGAUGCAAUAUCAUUCAUCCCAUGUGCCUGCAGAUACAGGUAUGGGAUCAAUUUCCUGGAAACCUGUUAUCGAAAGUGCUUCAAACUAAAGAAAUGCCAUCUCCCAUCUCUCAAUUUUAAUUACAUAAUUCAGCUUUUUAUAAUUGAUUUCCUCUUUCUUUGGAAUAAUAAAACUGUUCCUUUAUCUCAA